AUGGCAGCUAAGGAGGAUCUCUAUGAUGCCAUUGUGGUUGGGGCAGGCAUCCAGGGCUGUUUCACUGCUUAUCACCUGGUCAAACAUGGGAAGAGGGUCCUCUUGCUGGAGCAGUUCUUCCUACCACAUUCCCGAGGAAGCUCCCAUGGGCAGAGUCGGAUAAUCCGAAGGGCAUACACGGAGGAUUUUUACACCCAGAUGAUGGAUGAGUGCUACCGGAUGUGGGCCCAGCUGGAGCUCGAGACUGGAACCCAGUUACACAGGAAGACUGGACUGCUUUUGCUGGGGAUGGAGGACAAUCCAGAAUUAAAGACAAUCCAGGCUAUUCUGUCUCGCCAGCGGGUGGACUACCAGCAUCUUGCUCCUGAGGAACUGAAGCAGCGGUUUCCCAACCUUCGGUUGACCAGGGGAGAAGUGGGGCUCUUGGAAGAGUCUGCAGGAGUCCUCUAUGCGGACAAGGCCCUGAGAGCCCUCCAGGGUGCAAUUCGACAGCAAGGAGGUACGGUGUGCGAUGGAGAGAAGGUGAUGGAAAUAAACCCAGGGCUACCAGUCAGGGUGAAAACCACCUCCCGGAGCUACCAAGCCAAGAGCCUGAUCAUCACCGCAGGUCCUUGGACCAAUAGGGUCCUCCGCCCCCUGGGAGUUGAGCUGCCUCUCCAGACUCUGCGGAUCAAUGUGUGUUACUGGCAAGAGAAGGUUCCCGGAAGCUACGGUAUGUCCCAGGCCUUUCCCUGCUUCCUGAGCCUGGACCUCAGCCUGGCUCCGCACCCCAUCUACGGGCUGCCUUCCAGAGAGUAUCCAGGACUGAUGAAGGUCUGCUAUCACCACGGCAACAACAGGGAUCCUGAGGAGCGGGACUGCCCCACAGCGUUCUCAGACAUCGAAGAAGUCCGAAUCCUGAGCCGUUUUGUCAGAGAUCACUUGUCCGACCUGGAGCCCGAGCCUGCCAUCAUGGAGCACUGCAUGUACACGAACACUCCUGAUGAGCACUUCAUUCUCGACCGACACCCAAAAUAUGACAACAUUGUCAUUGGCGCUGGGUUCUCUGGACAUGGAUUCAAGCUGGCCCCAGUGGUGGGGAAGAUCCUGUAUGAAUUAAGCAUGAAAUUAACACCUUCCUAUGACUUGACACCUUUUCGAAUCAGCCGCUUCCCUGACCUGGGCAAAGCCCGCCUUUGA